AUGGACAGUCGCUACGAACGACAGGAGAAGAUUGGCGAGGGAACGUACGGUGUGGUGUACAAGGCACGUGAUACCACUACUGGUGCCACAGUGGCAUUAAAGCGUAUUCGCCUGGAUACAGAGGAAGAGGGAGUGCCAUGUACGGCCAUUCGUGAGAUUUCGCUGUUAAAGGAACUUCGACAUGAUAAUAUUGUAAAAUUGUUGGAUGUCUGUCAUAGUGAAAAUCGUCUGACACUUGUUUUUGAGUACAUGGAGCUUGAUUUAAAGAAAUACAUGGAUAGGGAGAGUGGCAAUCUUGAUGCAGCCACUAUUCAGAGCUUUAUGCGUAGCCUUCUUAAAGGGGUACGUUUUUGUCAUGAACGUAACGUUUUACAUCGUGAUUUAAAACCACCAAAUCUUCUUAUUUCUCGUGAUAAAGAACUCAAAUUGGCAGAUUUUGGAUUGGGACGUGCGUUUGGAAUUCCAGUAAAGAAAUUUACGCAUGAGGUUGUGACGUUGUGGUACCGUUCUCCGGAUGUGCUGCUCGGAUCUACACAAUACGGCACUCCUGUAGAUAUUUGGUCUGUAGGGUGUAUCUUUGCAGAAAUGGCUAUUGGUACACCUUUAUUCGCUGGUAAAAAUGACGCAGAUCAGUUACUACGUAUCUUUCGAUUUCUUGGAACUCCCAAUAAUCAAGUUUGGCCCUCUAUGAAUCAUUACCCAAACUCUACCAAUAUGUUGUCUAAACCUGAGUUUCUGCAGAAUCUUCUAGCAGAGUGUGAUGCACAGUUUCAUACACUACCAGCAUAUGUAAAGCUUGGGCAGGAGGGUGUAGACUUACUACGUCGACUCUUAAAGUACGAGCCGAGUGAGCGGAUCACGGCGGCGCAGGCAUUGGAGCAUCCAUACUUCUCUGUUGAGUUCUAA